GCAGUCUGGUGUAGCAUACCCCUGCCCAGCUGGUACCUUCAGCAGGCAGAUGGGGUUGUCCACUAAGUUGGGCUGCGAGCUCUGCCCUCCAGGGAGAUAUUGCAGCUCCUCUGGACUGGCUGCUCCCACUGGGGUCUGCUCUCCUGGUUACCUAUGUAUCCACGGUUCUGUUUCUGCCCAGCCAGAGGAGGGCCCAACAGGGGGACGCUGCUCUGCAGGGUCCUAUUGCCCUCAGGGUACAAGCUAUAUGGUUCCUUGCCCUGCAGGCACCUUCAGCUCCGUAGAUGGGGCAGUUUCUAUCGAAGUGUGUCAGCCCUGUUUGCCUGGUCAUUACUGCGCUGAGGUUGGCCUCUCCUCCCCAUCUGGGCUCUGCAACCCAGGCUUCUACUGCGUAGAGGGAUCCAGAAUGGCCACACCUUGGGGUAAUACCACAGGAGAUAUCACAUCGCCAUCCCCACUUCCUGGCAAUUCAACCCUGGGUCAGUCCCAUGGUGAUGUGUGUCCGGCAGGCCACUAUUGUCCUAGAGGGAGUGCAAAUCCAAGCCCCUGUCCUCCAGGCACUUUCUUGGGGAGGUCUGGGGCUGAGUCGGAGGCUGACUGUGGAGCUUGUUACCCGGGUUCUUACUGCCCCGCAUUGGCUCAGACCUCUGUCAACCUCCUCUGUCCCCCGGGGUGGUUCUGUCCACCAGGAUCUGUGUCUGGACAUCAGCCAGGAUGUCAGUGCCCGCCUGGCCAUGCGUGCCCACGUGGUAGUGCUGAGCCGGCCAUCUGUAGCCCUGGCACUUUUCAGUCUUCAUCUGGACAGUCCACUUGUAACACUUGUCCACCAGGUUUCUACUGUAUGGAGAAUUCAUCUGUGCCAUCUCCAUGUCCGAUGGGAAGUGUCAGUCCAUCAGCAGGCAGCACGUCCCUGACUGACUGCUCCCCCUGCCCCUCUGGCUCCUUCUGUAACAGCACUGCUCUGACAGAGCCGUCUGGACCGUGCAGCCCAGGACAUUUUUGUUCCCUGGGGUCCACUGAGCCUUCUCCUGUCUCCCAGCCUUAUGGAGAUGUUUGUCCCACGGGACACUUCUGUCCGCGGGGUACUGGGUCACCCAAACCCUGUCCUGUUGGCAGCUUCCUCCCAGGGCCUGGAGCUUCCUCCCCCUCUCAAUGCCACCAUUGCCCCCCAGGGAAAUACUGCCUCAGUCCUGGAGGCUCACAGCCCACAGGUAUGUGCUUUGCAGGUUUCUUCUGCUCUGGAGGUGCAGAUAUCCCCACACCUCGAGCCCACUCCUCUUUGUUCAGCUGUCUUUGUGAAAUACUAGAGGUUUAUACCACAAAGACGGAUGCCGCCCCCUGGAUUCACAAUCUGUCCUGCCUCAAUAACUCCAGGAGAGACUCUAGCUGGAUCGAAGCGGUAACGCCGCCACAGGCAGAUUCAGACCAUAUUGUGACUCAGUCACCAUCAUGUCUCGAGAGUCCACAUUAUGCCUGCUCCAACUACAGAGGGGAUAUAUGCCCUAAGGGUUUCUAUUGUCCUUUGGGGUCUGCCUACCCCCAGCCCUGUGAGGCUGGCUCUUACUGCAACCAGACUGGUCUAGAUGCCCCAGCAGGGCCCUGUGCUACAGGAUAUCACUGCCCUAAAGGCUCUUUAAACCCCCAUGCCACGCCUUGCCCCACAGGACACUACUGUCCCCCUGGAACUCCUCUUCCUCUGCCCUGCCCUGUUGGAACCAUAAAAAGUUCCCUUGGUGGGUCUACAGUCGAGGCUUGCCUGCAGUGUCCUCCCGGUCACUACUGCCACCAGAGAGGAAUAGCUGAGCCAAGUGGCCAGUGUGCAGAAGGCUACUACUGUCCUGAGGGACAGAGCUCUGAGAGACCACAACAACAUGUCUGCUCAGUGGGACAUUGUUGUGAGAAGGGCAGUGUCAGACAGACGGCCUGCCUUCCAGGCAGCUACCAGCUCGGAUCAGGCCAGGGCAGCUGUGAGACGUGCCCUGCUGGUUUCUAUUGUCCAGAUCAAGGAAUGACCCUUCCACUUCAAUGUGAGAGAGGAUUUUAUUGUCCCAAAGGAUCAGCAAAUCAGCAUCCCUGUCCAGCAGGAACCUAUGGAAACACAUCAGGACUGGUUGAGGAAUGGCAGUGCUCCCUGUGUGAUCCUGGAAUGUACUGUAAAGGAACAGGGAGGACUUUCCCCAGUGGACCCUGUGCUGCAGGGUUUGUUUGUGUUGGCGGAGCCUCUGCACCUUCACCAGUAGACAGUGUGACUGGAUUCCCAUGCCCUCCCGGCUUCUUCUGCUCUGUGGGGACUUCUGUACCAAAACCAUGCCCAAAAGGAACAUUCAGUGAGCAGAGUGGGCUUGUGGACGAGUCUCAGUGUCGUAGCUGUAGGUCCGGCUUCUACUGUUCAGAGACUGGCCUCUCUGCAGUAUCUGGACCCUGCCUGCCAGGUUUCUACUGUCUAGAGGGAUCCCAGACUGCUACUCCAAUGUCAAGUGUAUCUGGAGGUGUUUGUCCAGUAGGCCACUACUGUGCCGAGGGCAGCAGUGUACCCUCACCCUGCCCUGCUGGCUUUUACCAAAAUGAGACUGGAAGAAAAGGCAAAGAUUACUGCAAAACAUGCCCUCUUGGCUGGUUCCAGGAUUUAUCCGGCCAGAAAGAGUGUAAUCCCUGUCCUCCUGGGUUCCACUGCCAGUCCCAAAGUCUUAGCCCCACCAGGGGGAGCUCCUCUGGAGUCUCCAGCCCUGUGCCCUGCCCAGCUGGCUACAUCUGUCCCAGGGAGAGUCCAGAUAGUCAGCCUCUUCCUUGCCCCAAAGGCACCUACAGCCCCAGCCACGGUCUCACCACCACAGGUGAGUGCCUUGUGUGUCCAGCGGGUCAGUUUUGUGGGUCGGAAGGUUUGGUUGAGCCUUCGGGACCGUGUGCUGCUGGGUUUCUUUGUCUGAUGGGUGCCACAGUGUCAAACCCGAAUGACAAUAGAACUGGAUCUCUCUGUCCACCUGGGAUUUUCUGCCAACAGGGGCUUAGAGCAGGGGAUUGCUGGGCAGGGUUUUAUUGCGACUGGGGCUCCAGCAGAGCAGACAAUGCUCUGUGCCCAGCUGGUUUCUUCUGCCCCAGAGGAACGCCAGUCCCCAUGCCUUGCCCUGCAGGAACCUUUAGCUCUGAAACGGGCAACACACAUCAAGACAACUGCACCACCUGUACCCCUGGGUACUACUGUCAAGUUGAAGGUAUUGUACAGCCUGCACUGUGUCCUGUUGGAUACUACUGUCCUCCAGGACUGACUCUAGGACUGGAGUUCCCUUGCCCACCUGGCACUGUGCAGAGCCAGCUCGGAGCCUCCAAUCCUGAUGCCUGCCUCCCCUGCCCAGCUGGAAUGUUCUGCUCUCAACCUGGUCUGUCCCAGCCAACAGGACUCUGUGAGGCAGGAUACUACUGCCCUACUGGAUCAACCAGCCCUAACGCUACUGAAUAUCAGGGGAAUUCUACCAGAAGCCGUCUUUGUCCUUCUGGCCACUACUGCCCCUCUGGCACUGGCUAUCCACUCCCCUGCCCCACAGGCUCUCUUUCCAUCUCCCAAGGACUGAAGGGAGUUGAUGAAUGCCCACCCUGCCCCCAUGGUCUGUAUUGUGACAGGCCUGCAAUAGCGGAGCUCUCAGAUGCUCUCCCAUGUCAUGCUGGGUAUGUUUGCCUUAGUGGCAGCUCCAGUCCCACCCCGUCUGAUGUUUCCCAUGGCUACCUCUGCCCCGCUGGCCAUAGCUGUCCUGUUGGCUCAGCGAGUGAGGUGCCCUGCGAGCCUGGCACUUACAGUCCUGCUCCUGGAGCAGCUCACUGUAUGAUAUGCCCCAAAGGGACCAUGUGUUCCUCCUCAGCCACUCAAGAGCCCUCUAUCUGCCCAGUUGGCCAUUUUUGUCCUGCCGGGACAGCCCUGCCUCAGCUCUGCCCUUUAGGGACUUUCAGCAACCAGACAGGAGCCCUUUCACUUUCUGUCUGCGCACCCUGUCCCUCUGGAGUGUACUGUAGCUCAUAUGGAGCCUCAACACCACAAGGUUCUUGUUUGCAAGGUUAUUUCUGCCAAGGUGGAGCUAUGGCGCCAACGCCGCAGAGCUCUGACAACUUCCCCAGGAAUGGCCCUUGCCCCGUCGGCCACUACUGUCCAGGAGGGUGCCUCUCCCCAAUUCCAUGCCCUCUUGGCAGUAUCCGCAACACCAUUGGAGGAGUGUCCAUUGAGAGCUGCUCUGCCUGUCCUGCUGGUCACUACUGCUCCACUGAGGGUCUGGCCAACCCAAGUGGCCCCUGUGCUGCUGGUUUCUACUGCCCUUUUGACUUCUCUUCAACCACUCCAUAUGCCUUCCUCUGCCCCAAGGGCCACCACUGUCCAGAAGGCUCUGCCCUGGCCCUGCCUUGUCCCACAGGGGAGUACCAGCCGAACCCAGGCUCAGACAGUUGCAUCCCAUGCCGAGCUGGGUUCUACUGUGAGGAGGCAAUAGUGGGAGAGCCAUGGCCCUGCCCACCACACUCAUUCUGCCCUGCAGGCACAAUGGUGCCUCAUCCCUGCCCUAAUGGGACAUACACUCAUUCAAACCAGGGAGGGCUACAAGAAGAGAAAGAGUGUUUACCCUGCCCUCCAGGGAAGUUUUGCAGGGCUGGUAGGAUCCAGGGUAUGUGUGCUGCAGGCUAUCUCUGUGUUUCUGGGAGUGCAGAUUUCACCCCUCAGGGACCAAUGUCUAAUCUGACCAAGUGCCAGUGGGGCAUGCAGUGUGCUGGACCAUGUCCACCAGGUUUCUACUGUCCCGAGGGCACAGAGGAGGCUUUGUUGUGUCCUGCAAACACUGUCAGAAGCUCCCCAGGAGGUUCCAGCCUACAGAACUGCUUACCCUGCCCACCUCAGCAUUGGUGUAAACCUGGCGACCCAGUCCUUCAUCUGUGUCCUGCUGCUCAUUACUGUGAUGGCCUGCCUGGCAGUGAUUUCAAUGGAGGGACAGGACCCAGGCCAUGUCCGCUGUACACCUACCGAGCUUCCCCUGGAGCAGGCAGCAAGGGCGACUGCCUGCCCUGCCCUCCUGGUUCACACUGUAACAGCACAGGGCUUACAGACUAUUCCAACAGUCCCUGCCCACCUGGUUUCUGGUGCAGUGGGUCUGGACCACCCAUCUUCUGCCCUGCAGGCACCAAGAGGCCCGUUCCUGGAGCUGCUGCACCCAGCCAGUGUGAACCGUGUGCAGGGGGAACCUUCUGUCCAGAUCCUCAGGCUACCGGAAAGCCCAAUGUGGAGGGGAUCCCCUGCAGGGCCUCUUAUCAAUGUCCCAUGGGUGCAGUCUCAGAGAGGCUGUGCAGAGCUGGCUCAUACUGUGGACCUCAGACUGCUGAGCCGCAAGUCUGUCCUGAAGGGUAUUUUUGUCCUGAGGGAUCUCAUUCCUACCACACCCCCAAACAACUCUGUCCAUUUCCCUACUACUGCCCAGCCAACAGCUCUGCCAUGAAGUCCUGCAAAGGGGGUUCCAUGCCUGUCAACACCAGCGGGCUCAGAGGAUCCCAAAACAGCUGCUGCAGUGUGUGUGAGGGGGGCACCUAUCGUCCGUACCUCUCUGCUAUCCUACAAUGCCUUCCAUGUCCACCAGGAUACUUUUGCCCCCCAGGUACAGACCACUACAAGAGUAACCCUUGUCUUCUUGGGUAUGUCUGUCCAAUGGGAUCCACCCAACUAAUACCCUGCCCCCCUGGCUCCUUUGGUAUCCGCAUUCAUGCUGAGACAAUGGCUGACUGUCACCCAUGUCCAGCUGGUACCUUCAACCACCUGCCUGCUCAGAAGGCAUGCUUUCCCUGCGGCAGUUCCUCCACCUCAACAGCAGGUUCUUCUUCUUGUACUUGUAUUGGUAAGAAUCGUGCAUUCCAGCACUCGGAUGGCUCGUGUUUGUGCAGAACUGGUUUCAUCUUUUACAAUGAACUGGAUUUCAAAAGCUCUACCUCUGACAGUGAAUUGGACUGCCAGCCUGAGGCAAACAGACGAUGUGCCACAGGUCAGGUACGUCUGGCAGCAUCCAGGGAGUGUGUGUCACCUUCCCUCUACUCCUGUAAUAUCACCUGUGGACAACAUGGAGGAACUCUGGAUGUGGAGAUGGGCAUCUGCCAGUGUGAGCGAUAUGUGUCUGCUGAAGAGCAUUGCAACACUUCCUGCCUUUCCAGACUACCUCAGCUCUCUGCCCAGUUCUCGCCAGAUGGACACCUGCUGCUCUGCCUCAAAGAAAGAGACAAGAUGGUCUGGGCCAGGACUGUAAUCGAUGUUUUAGGACCAGAUAUCCACGCAAGGAGUAUUGGUAAAAUCCAUUUGGUCCAGUUUGACACUAAAGGGGUGUUUGGUUGGAUUCCCACACAGAUAGAGCUCAUCAAUCAGUUUAUGUCAGAACCGAUAGAGCUCCUAAAUACAAGACCCAGAAAGAGGAGAGACACAGAAGAUGAUGAUGAUGCUUUCGACCUAGCUGUCCUUCCUCGUAUCCCCAACCCCAUCGCCUGUCUGUCCUCGGGUGACAUGCUCAUUUUCCAUCUUACCAUCAACCACACUGACCGCCAUCUCAGCCACUUCCCAGUGUAUCAGAAGGACCACCUGUUUAACAGUAACCCCAGUUGGGAUUUUGGUGCCUUUAGACAUCUGCAGAUACUCAUGGAGCAGACAAACUUUAACUCUACAAGGUUUGCCCAUGUGUUUACAGAAACAGGGAAGUAUGUGUUUGUUGACAGUGCUGUCCCAGAGUGGAGUAUGGUGGUGGUGGUCAGUGAGGAGGAGACAGAGUGUGACCCUCGGGCCUCCGUCUUCCAGCCCAUGACCCCGGCACAGCUGGUCAAGUACGGGAUUGUCAAGCAGCACAGACUCAACCUUCUACCUGACUGGGGAGUGAUAGCAGGGAUCCUGAGUCUGCUGCUGGUUGUAGUUGUGGUUUUGACCACCACAGUGCUAGUUCUGCGACCUGGCAAUGCAAAACUUGCCUCCCAGUGGAGGACUAAGCCAAAGUGGCGCAGCCUUGGGGAGCCCUUCUAUCCAGUGGAUUGUGUUUGCAGUGGAGACAGCAUAGUUGUCCCAAGCCUAGGUGGCUUCCUAGGCAGUAGGGGUGUAGGAGAAGGAGCAGAAGCUGAGGAGCCCGCUGUUUCAAAAGGAGGAAGUGUGUCAGGGCGCUGUGAUUUGGAGGAGUUAAAUGUGAAGACUCUGUACGACAAACUAGAGGAUCAGAACCUGCACAUAGCCUCACAACUGGCCCGACACCGCAAAGACACACAGGAGUUUUAUAGAAACAUUUGCCAACAGACUGAAACACUCAAGAAUGUCUUCGACAAUAUGGAUCAUAAAAAACUAAGCCUUCUUAAGGAGCUGCUGGUUCAUAAUGCAAUGAGGGAUAAACCAUCUAACAGCAGUGUAGGAGAGAGAGAUACACAAGCCGAGGCCUCCAUCGCAUUACUGGGAGCUGUUCUCAGGUCAGUGGAAGCUCUCUUAUGUAGGCUGACAGGAGAAGCUUGGCAGAACCAGGAUUUGCCUGGUCCCCCAUACUGUCAUACUAGUCCUCAUGAUGCCAGGGAAUGUGAGCCGCAAGCUGGAUACACACAGCCCGGUGACACCAACAUGUGUUAUACACAGUUUUCAUUUAUGAAUAUGACCAAAGCAGAGCCAGUCCAUCUACAGAGCACAGCUCCUUGUCUAAGUGACCACGACCUGUCCAAGCUGGUCAGCAUAUCUCCUUUAUUCAAGACCCUGCAGGAGAUCCAACAGUCUUUACAGACCCUUACCACAGCUGAGUCUAAUCAGCAUCUCCACAGUGCAACCACAGAGCUUUUUGUCCAGGAGAACCAUGAUGGGCAACUUAUCCCGACUGCGUUGGACAACCUCUCACCUCAACACUCGGCCGUAUUCCUGUUUGGUUGCCAGGUGAUGCAGUUGCUUGCAAACUGCCCCCUGUUCCCAUCUGUGCUUCUGCUACUGGCCAAGUCAAUCCCUGUUUCUUCAUCUUCCUCCAAUGAGGCUCUGCUGGUUCAUUGCUCAAGGGACUUUUAUUUUGAUGCAAUCAAUCAAAUCCUUUAUUUGUCAGAGGCAAAGCUUCAGCACGUGGGACAUUUCAUCGCUACAAUUCUGCAGUCCAUGGCCUACAUAGCAUCAGGAUCCAGACCCCAGAGCUUUGUGCAAGCUCUCCAUGAGGCCAUUUCAGCUUUAAGCCUUCAGCAUUUCAAUUUUUCUUUCAAAUGGAAACCAGCAGAGACAAAAUGUGAUGCUUCAGAGGGGCGGCACGGUGCGUUAGUUGAGGAAUUUCUCAACAUUAGAGUUCCCACUGAAGCACAGUUCACUGAGCACCUAUUAGCUUGCAGACUUCAGAAAUAUAAAUAUUUCAAGUUAGAACAACUCAUCACGAACCUCAAACAGAGUUCAACUGAGGGGACGGACACAGGUUUAUCACCAAAAGCGACACCAAUGCAGAUGUCCUGCAUGGAGGAAGAAAUUGACCGCAUGAAUGAGUCUUUCUUGCAGCUGAGCGUGCAGCUACAGAAGAGAGCUCAAAUGAGCACAUGGCUGAAGGAGAGAGAGAACAGUGCUGGCAACCAUUCUGCGAGGGCAACACCAACAAGCAUGCCAAGCCUGAGUCGUAAUGGAACAAUCCUGCUGGAACUGAAGAGACGCUAUGUAUCACAGCGCCUCAAUGAGCUCCAAAUCACAUUAAGCCAGAUCAGACAGAGCCAGCAGCAUGACAGCAAGUCACGAGAUGGGACGAGAAGCAGUACACAAACAGACAGCAGCACCACUCAGCAGGGGCAGGGGGAGCAUUAUCCUGGCGUCGAUGGCUGCAGUCCCGCUGACGGCCAGUGGCAGGACAGUAUUCCAGCUAGCGAGAGUGUCAGCCAACAAAAAGUAAAGAGCAAAGGUCUUGGUAGCUAUAAACUGGAGAGUCAUAUUUCUGACCAGCAGGCGAAUUACACUGUCCAGAGCAACAACACUGACACAUUACUGGACUGCCAGAUGCUGGAGAGCCAAGAUUGGCUGCAUCUUAAUGUCCAAGGAAAGCAGGAGCUGAACAGUCAGGUCACAAUAGACAAUACAACUGGACACACAGAUGUGAAUGUAGAUCAAUGCUGAGAAAUGUGUUUUUUUUAUGUGUUAUGUGUUCUCUCGUUAUUUCUCCUGCCUGUUUGUGCUUCUUCAUAUUCAUCCUAAAAUGGCUCAGUUAUCUAUGCACAGUAUAAUAUUCUGUCUUCUUUGUUGAGGAACGAUCAAAGUGACCUCUGUCUUAAUUUGCGCCAGCUGUGAAACAAUUCAGCUGUUUGUUUUUUUAAAUAAUCUGUGAUCCUGAACAGAAUUAAUUUCUGGCAACAGGUAGCAGUGUGACACAAUCUGUCAUCUUGUCCAAAUAGUUUCUCAGGCAGGAGUUAACACCAGCCUUUCAGACAGGCUCUGUUCAUUAACAUAUUCUAAUUAAGAUAAGAAACAUCAGCUGAAUGAACACAAGGUGACACUUGUGCUCCUGUGUUGGUUCAUUACCACAACAACUUAUCUGUGUUGUAGAGGUGACGACCCACAUGUCCUCAUGAAUAUUUAAUAUUAAACUCCAAAAUUCUUCCCCCUUUUCUCUGUUUAG